AAACGCACGCAGCAGCUUCAAGCUGAAAAAAAAGACCUCACCCAAGCCAAAGCCACGCUGAAACCGAAGACGAAUCGCGAGCGCGUUUAAAACCGCUUUGCGCGUGAAGUGAAAUUUACAAUUUAAAUUAAGUAAGGACCGAUCCCCUCUCCUCAGUUCGGGAGCUUUUGUGUAGACUCUGGCGCGUGGUGUUCUAUAUAAGAGUGAGGCUCGAUCCAGAACGUUUGUCAGAUCAUCGCAAGAUGUCGAAACAGUCGCUUCUGCCCCUUCUAGUGCCCCUCCUGCUGCUGCUCAGUGUCUGCUCCGUGGGGCGGGUGUCGGGCAAGAUCUUCGACCGCUGCGAGCUGGCAAAGCUGCUGCAGCAUCGGUUCGGACUACCAUCUGUCCAGGUGGCGACCCUGGUGUGCAUUGCCCAGCACUCGAGUGACCUGAACACGGCAGCCCUAGGCGGCACCACUGGACCCGGAGGCGGCUCCCACGGUCUCUUCCAGAUCAGCGACGUCUACUGGUGCUCCCCACCCGGACAGGGCGCGGGCUGUGGCCUGAGCUGCUCUCGCCUGCGGGACGACGACAUUGCGGACGAUGUCCAGUGCGUGCGGAAGAUUUAUACGGAGCACCAGAGGAUCUCGGGCGAUGGAUUCUCCGCGUGGCAAGCCUAUGGCGCGUACUGUCGCCAGGAUGCAGCCUCCUAUGUGGCAGGGUGUGGCGUGGGCGUCAGCAAAACAGCUCUCUCGGUUGCUGCCUCCUACCAGCACCCGCAGCAGGUGAAGCUAAACCACUACCAGGGAUCACCACAGGUGGCGGUGGCGGUGGCGGUGGCGUUGGCUCCCGUCCAGCGCGUCCAAGGGAAGAUCUACAACCGCUGCGAGCUGGCCCAGGAGCUGUACUACCAGCAUAAACUGCCAAUGCCCCAGAUCCCCACAUGGGUGUGCAUUGCCCAGCACGAGUCCUCCUUCAACACGGCAGCGGUGGGUCGACUCAAUGCGGAUGGGAGUGCGGAUCACGGACUGUUCCAGAUCAGCGAUCUCUUCUGGUGCACCCACGAACAGCGGGCUGGAAAGGGCUGCCAUGCGACGUGCAACCAGUUCCUGGACUCCAGCAUAUCGGAUGAUGUGCAGUGCAUUCGGAGGAUCCAUCAGGAGCACACCCAGAUCUCCGGCGAUGGCUUCAAUGCCUGGACUGUCUACAAGAGGAACUGCCUGGAUCAGCAUUACGAGCAGGUGGCGGCCUGCUUUGCCAAGCCCCAGGUUCGCCAGCCAUCCAAUUCCAUUGGGGCAUCCGGAUCCCCCACCAAGUCCAAGGUCAGCUAUGCAUAUCAAUUCGCUCAGCAGAAGAUCAGUCCAGUGGCCAAUCAAUACCUUAAGCCAGCACCUGCCGUGCUCGCCUACCAGCGCGUGGGCGUGAGCAGCUAUCGGGGCAAUCCCUUCUUGAGGCCGCCGCCAGCAGUGCCUCAACCCCACCCCAAUGCCAUUGGCUUCGUUGGAAAGGGGGGCCAGAGCCUGGCCAAUCCCUUUUUCAGCCACAAGCAACCACAGCACACAACGCACUACCAGCAGCAGUUUCAGUAUCUGCACAGCACACAACCUCCACACUCCAAACAGUCGCCACAAAACACACCAGUAACCACAUCCGCAUACACAUCUACAUCCCGGAGGGGUACGGGCACGGGUAAAGUUUUCAAACGCUGCGAAUUAGCCCAAGAGUUGUAUUUCUCACACAAAUUUCCCAUGCAGGAUAUAGCCACCUGGGUGUGCAUCGCCGAACAUGAGUCCUCGCUCAGGACGUCGGCCGUGGGGCGCCUCAAUGCGGACGGCAGUGCCGAUCAUGGUCUCUUCCAGAUCAGCGAUCUUUACUGGUGCACCCACGGUGGGGCAGAAGCAGAAGGUGGAAAGGGCUGCCACAUUAACUGCGAUCGCCUGCUGGACUCUGACAUAUCGGACGAUGUCAAGUGCAUACGGACUAUCCACGAGGAGCACACGAGAAUAUCAGGGGACGGCUUCACGGCCUGGACUGUCUACAAUGGACACUGCAGGCAGCGGACCAAAGCGGAUAUAGCCGGCUGCUUUGAGGCCACCGAUCUGUCAAAGGAGCAGGCGCCUCCAGCCAAGGGAAAUGAGAUCGUAAGGAAAUCACAUCCCCAGAUAGCCAAGGGAAAGAUCUUCAAGCGUUGCGAGUUGGCCCAAGAGCUGCACUACAAGCAUAAGCUCCCCAUGAAGGAGAUUCCCACUUGGGUGUGCAUCGCGGAGCACGAGUCCUCCUUCAACACAGCAGCCGUGGGUCGACUGAAUGCGGACGGAAGUGCCGAUCAUGGCCUGUUCCAGAUCAGCGAUCUCUACUGGUGCACCCACGGCGAGGGAGGAGGCAAGGCCUGUCACAUUGAAUGCGAUCGCCUGCUGGACUCUGACAUCUCCGAUGAUGUGAAGUGUAUUAGAACGAUCCACGAGGAGCACACGCGGCUGUCGGGAGAUGGAUUUAAUGCCUGGACCGUCUACAGCGGUCACUGCCGCCACCAGAGCUUGGCCAUGUUGAGUGACUGUUUCGAUGGCAAUGAAAUAGCGAAGCCGCAAAAGCCGAGUCCGUAUGCAGAGCGGCCGCAGGUGAAGCCACAGCAGGUGACUGAGAAUCAGCCUCAGCAAAAGAUCGCUGCCAGUCAUGGGUAUGCGGGCAAUCCGUUUCUACAGAACCUACAGGCCGUGAAGACCUCUCAGGGAUCUAGUCAGCAGCUUGCCUUAUUCAGCCAGCCCAAAGAGAAGCCUUCUCCAUCCUCAGUCUCAGGCAGUGCGCCAUCGAGGAAGCCCAAUUACGAUCACAAUCCCUUUCUUAAGGCUCCUGGCUCUCCCCGUCCGUCUUCCACUUCUUUGCAGAGUUCUGCGCACGUCAAACCCAAUGAUAAUCUCCCCUAUGCCCAAAACCCAUUCCUCAGCCUACUGGCAAAGCCAAUCGUGCCUGCACGAUUGCUCGUGCCCUCGGUCAAACCCUCAGUCUCAACGAAGUCUCCACAACAUGUAACAAGGCCAUAUAUCAGCAGCGACAGCUUCCGCAAUGAAGUGAUCAAAUUUACGGCCACAUCUUCAGGUACAACAACCACAUCAACCACUAAGCGCCCCAUAACAACAACAACAAUUAAAACAACUAAGCGCCCCACAACAACAACAACAACCACUAAGCCACUAAGCGCCCCAUAACAACAACAACCAAAA